CUUGGGGAUUCCGUGAGGAGGGCACACAAUGGCAGUGCCCCGCGAGGCCGCGCGAGUCGGGGACAAGCCCGGCCACGGUGGGGUGUAUCCAGCCCCCGCGGCGGGCCCGGACUGUCCCGCUGGCGCCGGCCCCGCACAGUCGCGGGACUCCGGCAGCCACGGCCGUUGGGGAGACCUGGUGCUGCAGCCGCUCCGGCGCUCCCGGAAACUUUCCUCAGCGCUGUGCGCGGGCUCCCUGUCCUUUCUGCUGGCCCUGCUGGUGAGGCUGGUGCGCGGGGAGAUUGGCCGCGACCUGGAGCAGAGUAAGGAGGUGGCGGCGGCGGCGGAGGAAGCGGCCCCGGGAGCAGAAGGGGGCGUCUUCCCGGGGCUUCGGGGAGGUGCUCCUGGGGGCGGCGCGCCGCUCAGCCCCUGGCUGCAGCCCUCGGCGCUGCUCUUCAGUCUUCUGUGUGCCUUCUUCUGGAUGGGCUUGUACCUCCUGCGCGCCGGGGUGCGCCUGCCUCUGGCCGUCGCACUGCUCGCCGCCUGCUGCGGGGGGGAAGCGCUCGUCCAGAUUGGGCUGGGCGUCGGGGAGGAUCACUUACUCUCGCUCCCGGCCGCGGGGGUGGUGCUCAGCUGCUUGGCCGCCGCGACAUGGCUGGUGCUGAGGCUGAGGCUGGGCGUCCUCAUGAUCGCCUUGACUAGCGCGGUCAGGACCGUGUCCCUCAUUUCCUUAGAGAGGUUCAAGGUCGCCUGGAGACCAUACCUGGCGUACUUGGCCGGCGUGCUGGGGCUCCUCCUGGCCAGGUACGUGGAGCAAAUCUUGCCGCAGUCCGCGGGGGCGGCUCCGAGGGAGCACUUCGGGUCCCAGCAAAUUGCUGGGACCAAGGAAGAUAUCCCAGUAUUUAAGAGGAGGAGGCGGUCCAGCUCCGUGGUGUCCGCGGAGAUGUCCGGCUGCGGCAGCAAGUCCCAUCGGAGGACCUCCCUGCCCUGCAUACCGAGGGAACAGCUCAUGGGGCAUUCAGAAUGGGACCACAAACGAGGGGCAAGAGGAUCACAGUCUUCAGGAACCAGUAUUACUGUGGAUAUUGCCGUGAUGGGUGAGGCUCAUGGCCUCAUUACCGACCUCCUGGCAGACCCUUCACUGCCCCCCAACGUGUGCACAUCCUUGAGGGCAGUGAGCAACCUGCUCAACACCCAGCUCACCUUCCAGGCUAUUCACAAGCCCCGCAUGAAUCCUGUUGUUUCCUUCAGUGAAAAUUACACCUGUUCUGAUUCUGAGGAAAGCUCUGAAAAAGACAAGCUGGCUAUUCCCAAGCGCCUGAGAAGGAGUUUGCCUCCUGGUUUGUUGAGACGGGUUUCAUCAACUUGGACAACCACCACCUCAGCCACAGGCCUACCCACUUUGGAGCCUGCCCCAGUACGGAGGGACCGGAGCACUAGCAUCAAACUGCAUGAAGCAUCUUCAUCAAGUGCUGUUAGUCCUGAUUCUUGGAAUAACCCAGUGAUGAUGACCCUCACCAAAAGCAGAUCCUUCACUUCAUCCUAUGCUGUUUCUGCAGCUAACCAUGUAAACUCAAAAAAGCCAAAUCGACCAGGUGCCCUAGCUAAAAUUUCACCUCUUGCAUCGCCCUGUUCCUCACCCCCCCAAGGGACUCCUGCCAACAGCCCAGUCAGCAAAAUUUCUGCAGUGCGGUUUCCAGAAUCUGCCAACACGACUGCCAGACAAGGCCUAGGUUCUCACAGGGCAUUAACUUAUACUCAGAGUGCCCCUGACCUGUCUCCUCAGCUCCUCCCUCCAUCUGUUAUAUGUAGCAGCUGUGGCAGACCAUAUCCUCAAGGGAAUCCUGCUGAUGGGCCCCUGGAGGGAAGCAGUGCAGCCAUUCGGACACCAAGCAGAACGGAUGACACUACUCAAGUUACCUCUGAUUAUGAAACCAACAACAACAGUGAUAGCAGUGAUAUUGUACAGAACGAAGAUGAGACUGAGUGCCUGAGGGAGCCUCUAAGGAAAGCUUCUGGUUGUGGCCCCUACACGCCUGAGGCCAUGAUAUUCCUGGACAAGCCAAUUCUUGCUCCUGAACCUCUUGUCAUGGAUAACUUGGACUCAAUUAUGGAGCAGCUAAAUACUUGGAAUUUUCCAAUUUUUGAUUUGGUGGAAAAAAUAGGAAGAAAAUGUGGCCGUAUCCUUAGUCAGGUAUCAUACAGACUUUUUGAAGACAUGGGCCUCUUUGAAGCUUUCAAAAUUCCAGUUAGGGAAUUUAUGAAUUAUUUUCAUGCUUUGGAGAUUGGAUACAGGGAAAUUCCUUAUCAUAACAGAAUCCACGCCACUGAUGUGUUACACGCUGUGUGGUACCUUACUACGCAACCGAUUCCGGGCCACUCAACUGUGAUUAAUGAUCACGGAUCCGCAAGUGAUUCAGAUUCUGACAGUGGAUUUACACAUGGACAUAUGGGAUAUGUCUUCUCAAAAAUGUAUAAUGUGCCUGAUGAUAAAUACGGAUGUCUAUCUGGAAAUAUCCCUGCCUUAGAGUUAAUGGCAUUGUAUGUGGCUGCAGCCAUGCAUGAUUAUGAUCACCCAGGAAGGACUAACGCUUUCCUGGUGGCAACUAGUGCUCCUCAGGCGGUGCUCUAUAAUGAUCGUUCAGUUUUGGAGAAUCAUCACGCAGCUGCUGCAUGGAAUCUUUUCAUGUCCCGGCCAGAGUACAACUUCUUAGUUAACCUUGACCAUGUGGAAUUUAAGCAUUUUCGUUUCCUUGUCAUUGAAGCAAUUUUGGCCACUGACCUGAAGAAACACUUUGAUUUCGUAGCCAAAUUUAAUGCCAAGGUGAAUGAUGAUGUUGGAAUAGAUUGGACCAAUGAAAAUGAUCGCCUACUGGUUUGCCAAAUGUGUAUAAAGUUGGCUGAUAUCAAUGGGCCAGCUAAGUGUAAAGAGCUCCAUCUUCAGUGGACAGAGGGUAUUGUCAAUGAAUUUUAUGAACAGGGUGAUGAAGAGGCCAGCCUUGGGUUACCAAUAAGCCCCUUCAUGGACCGUUCUGCUCCUCAGCUGGCCAAUCUUCAGGAAUCCUUCAUCUCUCACAUUGUGGGUCCUCUGUGCAACUCCUAUGAUUCAGCAGGACUAAUGCCAGGGAAAUGGGUGGAAGGUAGUGAUGAGUCAGGAGAUACUGAUGACGCAGAAGAAGAAGAGGAGGAGGAAGCACCAAAUGAAGAGGAAACCUGUGAAAAUAAUGAAUCUCCAAGAAAGAAAACUUUCAAAAGGAGGAAAAUCUACUGCCAAAUAACUCAGCACCUCCUGCAGAACCACAAGAUGUGGAAGAAAGUCAUUGAAGAGGAACAGCGGUUGGCGGGCCUAGAGAAUCUGUCCCUGGACCCGUCCCCCCAGCAGCAUUCCUCAGAUCAGAUCCAGGCCAUCAGGGAAGAGGAGGAAGAGAAAGGGAAGCCCAGAGGAGAGGAGAUCCCAACCGCCGAGCAAAACCAGUGACAGUUGGAUACAAUGAGCUGUGUUUCCAAACAGAGUGACUUGUCACAGACUUUUUCAAGCCAGCACAACACUUAGACACAACACUGUAGAAAUACGAGAAGAUGGGCAAACAGCUAUUGCAUUUUGGGAUUCUUCGCAUUUUAUGUGUUUAUUUUUACAGUGAGGUACAUUGUUAAAAACUCUUGCUCAGAGAAGCUUUCACAUUUGCAACACCAGCUUCUAAGGAUUUUUUUAAAGGAAGAAAUAUAUAUGUGUGUGUAUAUAAGCUCGCACGUAGAUACAUGUAAAACAUAUUCACACACAUACACGCACAUGCACACUGAAAGCCAGGGUUACUGGCUCCACAAUUUAGUAACAUUCAUAUUAAGAUAUAUAGUGGUCACUGUGAUAUAAUAAGUUAUAAAGGAAAAAAUAAAGGAAAACAAAUCACAAAGGCAAUGGUGCGGCUUAGCAGGGAAACAGUGCAGUGAAUGUAGGUUACCAACUAAGGAGCUUUUGCUCUUAGUCCUGACGGAUGAAAGUUCCAGAGCAUUAUUUGAAUUCUUAUACAUCCUGCCAACAUUGUGUGUGUUGUGUGUGUGUGUGUGUGAAUGUGUGUGUGAGAGAGAGGAGUGAAAGAGUGCUUGUGUGUAUGUAUGUGUGUAUGCAGAGAUUUUUAUGGUUUUAGUAGUUCAUAGAAUAGCUGCAGCAGAUGACGCAGCACAUCUGAACAAACAGAAGGCAGUUCAUUCUGGAGUGUCUUUGAGAGGCCGCCGUCCCAAACGCCUUGCUCCAUGCAGUUUCAGUACAGAUCCCUCCGCAGAGGGAGGGUGUUCACAGGCUGGUGAGAGGGCCACGUGACUGGUACUACUGCUCAUGCACCACUUGGAGGCGCUCUAUCGCCAGCCUUAAACCUGGGAGACAGGCAUUUUCCAAUCUACUUGCCUAAUGAAUGUAUAGCAGCUGUUUGUGAGUAUGUCACUCACCCAAGAUCAAAUCACCUUUUUAAGGGGAUAGCAUUCUUUAUACAUAAACGCCUAAGAAGGAGCUGGAGGCAGACCUUUUAAUUGGGUUAGAAUUCUCAAACGUUGACAGAGAAGACCUGGGGAAUUGCUCUAACAGUGAUACCCUGUGUCUUAGUUUGCUGCAAAAUGCGUGGUAGAAAAAGAAGAAAGAAAAAAGACAAAAAAACCCACUGUGGGAGGAUAUAUAGUGAGAGAUGAAGGGGGAAAAUUUCAUCCCGGCGUUUGGUGUUUGUUGACAUAGUGAAAGACCGAUUCUUGGCAACUGUUGAAGAUUGGCUUUGCGUGGCGAAGUUCCCACUGAUGGCCCUGUUGUGGUGGUCCACGUGCUGUGGGAUGGGGUGGCUUCUAUCUGCAGUCUGGUCCGUUGUCUGUUCCUUUUGGCAGGGAAGAUUAUAGAGGGAUUUGGGAGGGACUGGGCCUAUUAUUGAAAGUCUUUUUUUUUUUUUUAAUUUUGUUUAUCUACACUUGUUUAUGCUGUGAGCCAAACCUCUAUUUAAAAAGUUGAUACUCACUUUCAAUAUUUUAUUUCAUAUUAUUAUAUUUGUCAUGAAUAGUUAUCUUGAUGUAAAUAUAAGAUUUUUUUGUUUCUGUAGAUAGUAAACUCUUUUUUUAAAAAAAAAGGAAAAGGGAAACAUUUUUAUAAAGUUAUAUUUUAAUCACCAUUUUUAUACAUUGUAUCUAUCUCCAAGCCCAGUAAGAGAGUGAUGAUUCAUUUGCACGGAGGUCUAUGGACAGCCGCUUAUCUACCUAUCCUAAUUUAAAUGAUAAUCUGAUACAGUUAUUUUAUGCCAAUUAAAUGAGGAUGCCACAAAGAAGGUUUUUUCACUGGGAACUUUUCCUAACUUUUGUGUAAUUUGGGGGUCCAUGUCUCCCAAAGAGAAAGACUUUCUUAACCAAUACCGAAUUUUUAUGUUUGGUGUCCAUUUCUUGCCAACACUUUUUGGUCAUAAUUCCUCUUUCAACACUAUGUACGCAACUGCUCAUCAUUGAAAUGAUCUUAGCUUCUAAGGAGGCCUUGAUGGUGAUUUCUAAUCUUUAUUUCCUCUGACGUCAUAGAAAAGAGUGUUUACAUUUUAAAGAUGCCUUUGUUUCUCAUAAAUGAAUAUUCUUCCCUCCCAAAAUAAUGAUUGUACAUUAACCCGUGGCAUUUUCCAAACAAGGCAAAGAUAAUAUGAUCAAAAACAAAUACAUUUUCAAAGCAAAUUUCCCAUUAAGUAAGAAAAAAUGAAAAGGCUCAAGUAAAUGCAGGCUCUACUUAAAUAAUGAGAAUAACUUCAUAUUUUUUGACUUCACACUAUGUCUUCAUUAUUCAGGAUGUACUGAGUUGUUUUCCAUUUUCUUAGUGUUGCCUGUGUGUCUCAUGUUUGCAAAAAUUACUGUGAGUCAGAUACAUUUAUUUCCCCAGUGACUUUAACUGUUCUCCAGCCCUUGCAAAUAAGAGAGGAGGAAAAAAAAAAAUUGUGCUCAUAUACCUCUUGCAUUUAAUUCCUUAACAAAAUGAAUCUUUUCCCUUUCUCCAAAUGCCAUACAUAUCUAAAACACUUGUUAAGUAGAGGAAAAAUAUGGUUGUGGAGCAAGUGGAAUGACAGCCGUUCAGUUGAGAGUCUAGAAGCAUACACUGGCAGCUUUGUCAAGGCUGGAAAGCCCCAAAUAGGGGCCAGCCUGACUGCCAGAGUAGAGGUCUUAGCAAACUACCUGGUUUCAUUUAUUUUGUUUUAAAAUACAUGAAGUAAUGGUGGCCAAAGCACUUAGAACCUCUUCAUUCCAGAAUUGUGUUCAUCAGUCCAGGCAGAUUGACUAUUUUUUCUUCAAAAAUAAAUUCCCAAUCUAUUAAAGUGAAAAAUCCAUUGAAAUAAAGGAAUGGAGAUCAAGUAUGAGACUUUCAUACACACACAUGACAUCCCAAAGGAUGCCUAGGGACAUACAGAGAUGUUUUCCGCUGAUGAUAUUCACCCCCGCCUUGGUGACAGCAAUAUUAUUGUGUUCACUUCCAACUCUGGAGCUUACUCCCUGUGGUGCCAGUGUAUUUGUUGCCAUUUACUACAUUUUUAUAUGAGCCUAUGUAAUGGUGCCAUUAGAUAAACUCAGGUCUUUCAAAUGAAGGAAUUUCUAGCCCAUUUAGGAAAAGGGGUAAUUGUAUAGAUAGCCAUAAAACCAAUGGUAGAAAAAUUUGGAACUGGUGACCUUGAUGCUAGGGGUCACUUUCUGUUAAGGAAAAGACCAGGUAUCCUGUGAGCAUCAUUGGUGUUCUUUCCAGUGUGCUCAUAGAAUGUUUUUUCAGUUAUCUGUCUAAGCCAACCUUUAGGAUAUUGUUUCCUUGGUGAAAACACCACUUUAGUUUUUUUCUAAGUGAUAAAAUUGUAUUUUUUGUCAUUUGUAUAAGACUUAGUUUUGCUCUCAGUGGAAGAUGAAGACAGUAGCUCUGGAUAGAUCUGUAUUGGUCUUCAUCUGACAAGUGAAGGGAUGUCCUCAUAUUUAAGGAAAUACUCAUUUUCUAAAAGAAUACCCAAUUCUGUGUGUUCCAUUUUGAUGGAAUUCCAGAACAAACCCUAACCAUUGCAAUCCCAGUAAAACUAAAGAAAAGGGAUUGUAGGACAUGCAGACUGUUCAUAUUACCUCUAUGUAUUGUGAUUUCCUCAUGUCCCCUGCCUCUCUUGUUUUACGAUUUCCUGACGUCCCCUGUCACGUGCCCAGAGAACUUUCUUUGAGGGUAAAAGCUGUGCAAAACGCAUGAGACUCAGGCCUAUUCUUUGUUUAAAUGGUGGAAAAAUAUAAAUUAUUUUCUAAGUAAUAAAGAUAUGAAAAUUAUCAUCGUAAAUAAAGUCUAAAGUUUGAAAUGA